AACGGACGUUAACGUUGUGUAAUAGUAACUGAAUAAUAACUUGUUCAUUUGGGCGGUUAAAUCGAAAUAAAGGCUGAAUCCCAAAUUUUUUUCACCAACAAUAUUCUCCUUCUCUCCUAUUACCGUCUUUCUCCUCUAGUUUCUCUUUCCACAACCUCCAUUUCCAGUUGAAUUGCUUGGGCGAUAAUUGCAUGCAAUCUGGUGAUUCAGGGUGUUGGUGUUAGGUGAAAGAAUGGGCAGAAAGAUUUCUAGAUCUAGAAAACGUGGGAAAUUGAAAUUAAGUUCUGAAGAAGAAGGUAAUAGUGUAGUUGAUAGCAGUUCGAGAAGUGAGCAAGAUGACAGUGAAGAUGAGGAUUUUAAGGCAUAUGGAUUUGAAGACUUAGAUGAUGAUGAGGAGGAGGUUGCACAGUCGGAUGCUGGUAGUACUGUGAAACGGAAGCGGGGGCUAUCUAAGGGAAUGGCAACCAAAACAAAGGUGACCACCAAAGAACCGAUGAAAACCGAAAAGAGAGGUGUCGUGGAGAAAGUCACUCUACACACACGAGUAUUCACGGACAAUAGUUUGACAAAGGGCGGUGAAGUGAAGGAAGCCCGGGGGGUGUUGAAAGUCCUACAUCGUGAAUUUAAAGGACGGACGGCAACCAUAAACUGCAAAGUUGAAGCGUUUGGCAGAAUAUUACAUAGGUUUGAUAAUCGUAGGAAGCAGUGGGUUUGUGAAUUGGGAUUCGGAGGCUUGUAUCACUUGUGCGGGAAGAACUUACCCCGCAACUUUGUGUAUUGGUUGAUGACACGUGUGGACCCCGUAAACCAACUUUUUAGAGGGACGAAUGGAGUAGAUGUCCCCAUGAACAAAAACCAGGUUAGGUGGAUAUUAGGUCUUCCAAAAGGGGAGAAGGUAAUCCCCACGAAUGAAGGUGAUGCUGAUGAACAAAUGAAAAUCGCGGCCCAAAAUGUUUUAAGGUUAUACGGGCGUAAAUGGCAGAGUGUAAACCCUAGGAAGCGGUCUGAUAUGAUUUAUACAGAUGCAAUUCCGGUGAAUCCAAAAUUUCUUGAAAGGUUAGAGGGUGAGUGGGGGGAAAAUGACGAGCAGGAGUUUAAGACGAUGUUCUUGAUAGCCGCACUUGCGAUGGUCCUAUGUCCGACACAAUGUGGAAGAUUAAGUGCCGGUACGAUAUAUGCGUGCACACUUGGAAUGCAGUCAAGUCAAUAUGAUUGGUGCAAGCUAGUUUAUGAUUUCUUCAUUGAGAUGGCCAAAGUGUUCUGUAGGGACUUCUACACAUACGGGUGGACCAAAGGUGUAGGUGGUUGCACCAUGUAUUUAGUGAUUUUGUAUCUCGAUCGACUCGGUAGAAUUCCCGUCCAGUGGGGCGUAUUCCCUAGGCUGAAGGCAUGGGACAUGAAGGAGAUUCUUGAAGCUAAGAGAGCUGAUCGAGAAUCUGGAAAAAAAGGAGACUACGGUGUUCUCGAGUGUGUUGUAGUUGCUUACGGGGAAACACAACACCCGAGGGCCACCAAGGACAGUCAUGGUCCAGUUGAAGAGGUAUAUAUUCCGGUAAUGGACAAUGAAAUAUUGACGUUAAAACCAAGGAAAAAAGGAAAUAGUGAGAGGAAUCCAAUGAAGAUGAGACAGAUGGCUAAGGAGCGGGCAAAAGAAAACAGUAUCGAGUUAGAACGAAUAGAACUCGAUAUGGAAACCGUGAAUGAGGAGCCAAUUAUAACACCUCCACCACCCCGGACCUAAUCUCGAAGUGAACGAUGCCAACAGGUUACAUCCUCCCCACCACCAAAGGUUCCCCCACCCCCACCAAAGGUUUCGCCACCCCCACCAAAGGUUCCGCCACCUCCACCCUCAACAAAGGUUACUUCUCCACUCCCUUCCCCAUCCCCACCAAAGGAUACAUCUCCACUCCCUUCCCCAUCCCCACCAAAGGAUACAUCUCCACUCCCUUCCCCAUCCCCACCAAAGGAUACAUCUCCACUCCCUUCCCCAUCCCCACCAAAGGAUACAUCUCCACUCCCUUCCCCAUCCCCACCAAAGGAUACAUCUCCACUCCCUUCCCCAUCCCCACCAAAGGAUACAUCUCCACUCCCUUACCCAUCCCCACCAAAGGA